AUGUCCAUCCACCUCAUUGCGCUUAUUGCUCCUAUCCCUUCCGCUUCCGAUGCGAUUUCCAUAACCUUUAUCCGCACUCGUUAUAACACUCGCUCUGUGUUUGCACUCGCUUUGCACAUCCGCUUCCUUAUCCGUUUCCUUAUCCGGUAUUUUCCGCACAACGCGCGCCUUAGCGCUCACGUUCCCACGCUCGCGCUUACCUUAGUUGUCGCACUAUACGAAGAGGACUACAAUGUUGACAAGCCUGAGGCUCCACUCACAGAAGCAUCACAUGACUCGGAUGAUGAGCUUAUGGCUCCAUUGACACAAGGAUUAGUAGGGGAGCAGUACUCACAGGAGCCUAGGGUGCCAUUCACACAGGUAGAUAAUUAUGCGCUCAAGCGGAAAGCUAGUGAAGAUCUCACCAUGGAUGAUGAUGAGUCCUUGGUGUCCCAGUGGUCCAUGGAGAUUGAUGGCAACCCACUGGCAGCAGAACUUGUGGAAGACCCAAUUAUGAGUUCUGAUGAGGCACCACUCCCCGCUAAACCUAACACAGUGAAGGAGGAGAAGGUUCUGCGUACCACAUAUUUGACAUCUGUUACUGCAUAUCAGGCUACUGUCAACAGCAAGCCGCUGGCUCAUAAAAAGGCCAAGAACGUCGCUACCACACUGGACAACAUCAAAACACAUGGCGCCUAUCGCACAGUUGACUUACCUGCAGCAAUGCAAGUGGACCAGCACUGGGCAAAGAAUUUUAUCCCUACCAUAAUGCUGUGGGCCAGAAGCUAUGAAGAUAUCUGGAGUAUCCCAGAUGAAGUCCUUCUCCAUCACACUCAGCUUGUUUUUAAUGCAGUGUACAGCGAUCUCAAUAUUGUGAUUGUUCAUGGUGGUGUGAUACAUUCACUUACUGCACAGCACAUUUCAGAAUGGCGCAGCAAUUUUGGCUCUACAGGGCUAGUCAUUAUCAUGGACUUUUUGUCACAAAAUUCCAACGUGGAUCCUGUCAAACUAACUAAAUCCCUUCUUGUUGACUGGGCAUCCUUGUUUGAGGACCCUGACAGUCCAUCUCCACUCACUGCAUACCGCUCACCUUUCAUAUUGCAGCUAUUUGGCACAGCACACCUCAACGCCAUCAAUGGAUUUAGUCGGUAA